GCCGAGGCAGGGAAGGCGGCCGUCACGUGGUGGCGGAGAGCCAAUGGGGAGGCUCGGCCCGGCGGGGCAGGGGUCGGCCAUGGCGCAGGCGGGACGCUACUGCAUCCCUGGAGAACGCCUGUGCAACCUGGAGGAGGGCAGCCCCGGCGGCGGCACCUACGUCCGGCACGGCUGCAUCUUCGCCUCCCUGGCCGGGUGCCUGAUCAGCACCAACCACAACGGCUCGCUGCCGGUGGUGUCUGUGGUCAGAGAGGUGGAUUCUCAGCUGCUGCCGGAUGUGGGAUCGAUUGUCACCUGUAAGGUUUCCAGCAUCAACUCCCGCUUUGCCAGAGUGCAUAUUCUGUAUGUGGGAUCCACGCCGCUCAAGAAUUCCUUCCGGGGAACCAUCCGGAAGGAAGAUGUCCGAGCCACGGAAAAGGACAAGGUCGAAAUCUACAAAAGUUUCCGCCCGGGUGACAUUGUCCUUGCCAAGGUGAUCUCCCUAGGCGACGCUCAGUCCAACUACCUCCUGACCACGGCUGAAAACGAGCUGGGUGUGGUGGUGGCUCACGGGGAGGCAGGUGUCCGGUUGGUGCCCAUCAGCUGGUGUGAGAUGCAGUGCCCACAGACCCACGUUAAGGAGUUCCGGAAGGUGGCCCGGGUCCAGCCCGAGUUCCUGCAGACGUAGGCGGAGGCGUCGGCACCGGCAUCGCCGUCACCUCACCACAGCCGGGCCCGGGGUCUCCUCCCCUCGGUGGGGGGCACCAUCAGGGCCUGAGUUCUUAGGGGAACCUCACCUCCCUAGAUGGGGGGGCCAAAGACUCUUCUCACCCCCCUUGUCCCAUGUAUUUGAAUGUAUCUCAACGGCCCUUUAAUGUAAAUUAUACUUUUCAACCACGUGAACCUGCUGUGACCUAAAAUAUUUUUACUAA